AGUGAAGAUCGAGAGAAGAUCGAGCUUGCUGUCGAACUUCGACUCGAAGAAGUAUUUAUAGAUUAGAAGUCAUACAUUCUCGUUUAAAUAAGGUACACAAUGUGGCACGUGGAUCAGAACAAACUAAGCUAAAACGAGGUCUGAAUGUGGUCACAAUCUGGUGCUGUUCCCUUUGUAAACAUCCCGUCAAACUGGAGUUACAAAAUCACAUUCCCGGCCCGGUGCCGGGUCGGACAAACGGUAUUAAAAAGAUGAAAAAGAGGAAGGAGCUAGACGCGCUUCUUUUGAAUAACAUGAACGGCAAGAAGAUCAGUAAAAGUUGCAAUGGUAAAGAGGGACACGAGUUGCUCCGCAACGAGGCAAGCUGGGACUCCAAUUCCACUGAGAACGAAGACUUUUUUUCACCACCGAGGAAGCUGAUGAUCAGAACACCUCAUCGCUGGCGAUUUUGUGCCACCUGUGUCCAGCUGGGUGUCUUUGUUGUCAUGGUAGCAUGUAUUGUUGUUACCGGUGGUCUUAUAUGGAUGCACCUAGAUCUCAAACAAGACUUGGAUGAACUCAGGUUGCGCAUCGCUAAAGUAGAGUCAUCGUUAGAAACCUCAACAGAGCAAGCUUCUACAGUCAGUACACUCCUUUCCAAAAUAGAGCAAUUACAAAAUCUACCUGCGCAGAUAAGCAGCAUUAAUAGACAGAUCGGUGCUUUGAAUUUAUCAAUUCAACUACAAGUUAAAAUAAAAGCAGAUUCUCGAAUAAGAACAUUAGAACAAACUACAGCCCAGUUUGGAAGUACAAUGCAAGGUAUACAAGGACUACAAGCUCAUCACUCUGAGCAGGUCGACACACUAACAAGCUCCAUUGCUAGCCUACAGUCAAGUCUCUCAGAUCUCCAAGGAGAAGUGACUAAGAUGCUUCCAACAACCCCUCCACCAUCUGAAUCUACUUCUAGACCUACACCUAUACCUGCCAAUCCCACCGCGGACACCAAAAGUCCAACAAUGUCCACUGACGGUGUCAUUCAAUCCUUACAGCAGGGUUUUGAUGGACUGUCAUCAGCCGUCGGCCAGCUGAAUGACUCAAUGGUCUCAGUCGAGCUUUGGAAACAAGACCUUAUGCUAAGAAUCGUGGCUCUGGAAUCAGCUUCUUCUAGAGGUACACUUGAUCUGAACUUAGCCGAGAAAGUCAACCAGCUUCAAACACAGGUCAAUGCAUUGAUGGGAAGUUUACACAACCAGACAGUAGAGUCAGGAGUCCAGGCACCCAUUCACACAGCAAGCAAUGAGCAAUCGGCCUGGCACCAAGACGUGGAGUCAAGGCUCCAGACAAUACAGAACAAACUCACUGAGCUGGACCUCAGUGAUCUGAGAGCCAAUCUCCAACGUCUCAACACGACCCAACGCCAGAUACAGGACGCUUUUGAGUCGUUUAAGAAGGAGAACCUGAAAGCAAUCACUGACCUCCAGCAUGAGGACACUGGGCACUGGGGUCGUCUUCUACAACAACACAAUGAUAUUUUGGAUCUACAUGAAGAAGUGGCUAGUAUACUUGGUGUUACAGAACCUCCAGUGGAACAGAGUCCUGAUGACAUAUCCAAUGCAGAUAAAUCAGUAACAACAGAAGCAAGUGCUACAACUGACAAUCUACAGUCCAUUACAAUUGAAGGGAUUUCAGGUCUAAAAGAACUAGAAAUAGAAUUUUUCAAGUGGGAUAAAAACUUUGACGAUUGGGUGUCUUACGACGAGCUUAAGGAUUUCCUUGGACCUGAUGCGCCAACUAAAGACGUCUUGAUGCAUUAUGACAAAGACGGAAAUGGAAAAUGGAGUCUUGCUGAGAUGGAAACGGCCCUUGGGAUCCAAGGAUAAUGAGCUGUAAUCAUAGAAAAAGAACCUGGAGAAGGCUGGGUGUGUCAAUGUGCGUGCGAUUUUGCUGUGAGACCAACUAUAUGGACGUGCGUUCGACAUUUUUGUAUUGAGUGUACGACAAAAAAGCAUACUAUGUGACUGUUCCAUGCAUCAAAUCAACGGUCUAUGUGCGUUGCCUUUUGCCAUACAUGCGUGUCACAUGAUGAACAUUUAGCCAUACACUUAGUCAUGUGAUGAUCAUUAUGUCAUACACGCGUGUCGUGUGGUAUCAAUAUGCGGAGUCCACAGACCGCGAUUGAGCUUAGCGCUCUCCGGGCUAUUGUGAUCAACAAACUCUUCAUUGACGCACACGUCACAAUCUUUUAAAAAAAAUAGCUCCAAUGAUGAAUUUCUCUAAAAUUCCAUCCUUGUCUCCAGUAAUUUAAACUCCCCCAAUACUAGAUCAUGAGUUUUCUUCGUAUGCAAACUCAGCGUUUGUCUUCCUUCUCCAGUACAGCAUGCAAGUCUUGUGCGUUUCCCAAGCUUUUAGUUUUACUCGUGGGUUCCCAGUUCAAUUACUUGUGAAGAAAAAAGUAAUGUGCGCUCUCCGGGUCCCAAAAAGUCUGAAGAUUCACAAACUUUGCAGUCUAUAGACAAUACAACAAUCAGGACCCAUUUUAAACUGUAGGCAAUAUUUUAGUUGGUUGUAAUUAUCCAUUGUAACAAUAUAAUGAUAUACAAGUCUUCCAUUUAUAGUAUUGGAAAACUGUCUGAUAUUCCUUUAAAGUUGAUCCUUCCCCACUCCUCACACCAUUUCCUCAAUUGAAGUCAACUGAUCUGUGUACAAUUUCGUGCGAAUUUGCUAAGCACAAACAAAUCUUGCUUUAUUAGAAACUGGUUAGCAGCCAUAAAGUUUACAUUGAUGCAACUAGUGCCCAACUGUUUCUUUGCGUAGCAAAGAAAUUUGAUAAGCAGCGUUUUCUGCUUAAAGCCAUUGGACCCUUUCGGUUCAGAAAACAAAAUAAAAG